AUGGCCGACAGCGGCGACACGGGCAGCUCGGGCCCCUGGUGGAAAUCGCUAAUGAACAGCAGGAAGAAAAGCAAGGAAGCCACGGUGGAGGCGCAGCCUCCGGCUCAGCCAGCCCUUGGGGAGCCCGCGCCACUCAACCCGGACUGGACUAGCAGCUCCGAGGAGAACCUGCACCCCAAUCUCUCCCGGGACGCCGACGAGCAGCACAAGUCAGACAGCCGCCGCAAUUUGAAGGUCUCGCGCUCCGGUCGCUUCAAGGAGAAGAGGAACGUGCGCGUCACGCUACUCCCGGAGGGAGUCAUGCCCUCGGAGGAGGCAGACGUCCCCUUCGACUCCCAUGAAGAGAAGCAGUAGGCAGGGUGCUCCGGGACAGUCUCCUCCUGCCACCUCCCAACCCCCAGUUCUAAGCCCGAAAACUCUGACCUGCCCUUGAGUUUGGUGUCUCAUCCCACCGA